AUGAUACCACUGGGCACAUUCAGGCGCCUUGCGGAUCUUUCUGUGGAUACUUGGGACCAUUGCUGUGGGCGGAAUAUCCUCGUACUCCUCCUGAGGAUAUUGACAAAGGAACCAACGACGGCGAACACCACGAUCAUCACAAGCCUCGCCGUGUCCGACCUCCUCAUGGGCGUGUACUUGUACAUCAUCGCGGCUGCGGACACCACAUUCAGGGGGUACUACAUCGAGGUUGACUGGACCUGGAGGGAGGGCAUCGGAUGUAAGAUUGCCGGAUUCCUCUCUGUCUUAUCAAGCGAGGUGUCCGUCUUCACUUUGACUGUCAUGUCAGUGAAUCGUUUCCUGGUUGUGGUGUUCCCGUUCAGCAAGCAAAAGAUCAACUUCAAGAAGGCGAAGAUAUUGGUGGCAUCAAUAUGGAUCUUUGGGGUCAUUUUAGCCGGUGCACCGUUCUGUGUUGACUACUUGCGACAUUCGUACUAUUCAAGAUCUGGCGUCUGCCUCUCGCUCCACCAGACAUCAGAACCCGCCCCAGGCUGGGAGUACUCGGUCGCCAUCUUUUUAGGACUCAACCUCGUUGCGUUCAUGAUCAUCGCUGUACUAUACACUUGGAUGUACGUCAUCAUCAAAUGCUCUGUCGAUAUGAUGAAACACAAGACCAGUCGGAAGAAGGGAGAGAACAAGGAACUAGUCGUUGCCCUCAACGUCCUGACUGACUUUGCUUGCUGGAUGCCCAUCAUAAUUCUAGGUUUGGCUGCGAUCUCCGGGAAAGUCACGAUCCCUGGUGAUGUCUACGCCUGGAUUGCAGUAUUUGUGCUGCCGAUCAACAGCGCUAUGAACCCAAUUCUCUACACACUGUCGUCUCUCGAUCGAAUCAAGUUACUGUUUCCUGGCUAUUCCUUUGACGAAGAUGAUGAGGACGGUUCUCCUAAGGUAGUCAACUGUUACCCAGAGGGCAGUCAUCUCCUGCCUUACGUGGUGGAGGAGUCCAAUAUGCUGAACCUCGCCCACGCCAUAAAGACCGAAACGCCCUCACUGCCGCUGCGGGACAUGCGCAGCGUGCUAACGGAUGUGGCCAAAGCCAAGGCAUCGUUGCACGUUGUAGGAUAUACCAAUUGA